AUAGUCAUAAUGCUGGAUACACUUGUCACCCUGUGUUAUAGUCUACAACAUUUCUCUACAAAAUUUGUGUGAAACAAACAGAGCUCUUUGCUGUCACUGAAUGACAUUCCAUACUGCUGUUAUUUACCAGCCGCGUUUUUUGUUAUAAUUUUGUGAGAUUUGUUGCGGAUUUUCUAUUUUUCUCUGCGUAGUUCAACAAAGGCAAAAUAUAUAACUCACAAAAAUGUCGCGCCCUACAAACUUUCUAGAGGCUGAUUCAAGUUUAAUUGAAAAUAAUCUGUUAAUUGUCAAAAACGAGGCGGAAGAGGAGUUAAAUCAAUAUUUUGCUGGCGUUCAAGCUGGUGGCGAAUCGCGUAAAGAAUCUUUAGCACCGCCGCGCGAUUACAAGGUUGUGCAACCUAAACCAGGUGUCUGCAUCAAAAGUUUCAAAACCAACACCAAUGAGAAAUUUUUCAUUAAUGUCUGCCAAACGGAUGAGAUACCGGCACCGGAAGACAUUACCGAAGAGCAAUUGGCCGACAUUUUGCAAUCGGAGGCGCCAAGCUCAUUUCGUAUACCCAUGAGUAUAUCCGAUCCGCGCGUCACCAAGGAUAAAUCAAAUAACUCUGUGGAUGUUUGCGAUAUUGCCAUCAAUCCGAAGUUUUUCGUUAAAGUUCAGAAAUCAAUGUUGUUUAAGGAUUUUUUCCUAGCACUGAUUGCUGAGGCCUUAAAUGACAAGUACAAUGUGCAAAUAAAGAUUGAAAAGUCAAUUAUAUUGCAAAAUCGUAAAGUUAUCGGUACGCUUGUACAGCAUCGCGUACGUAAUAAUGAUGUAAAAACAGUCAUCAAGUCAUACCAACAACCUACCGAAGCUGAUAAGCUGAAACUGGCUGAAAUGGAGCGAGCGGCGACCAGUGGAGAGGAGAUCGGCAGCAAGCGUUCACCAUUGGUGCAAGAGAUUGAUACAAGCGAGGUUGAUGCGUUGAAACGUAAAACGGUAGAAUUGAAAGAGAAUGCCGGUAAGAUUAAGCAGUCCAUAGCAUUGGCUGGAUCUACAGUGCCCGAGUAUAAAUUGCGUGCUAAGUUGUGCAAAGAGGAAGUGGAAGAAUUAUUGGCUGAAUUUUAUCUACCGAAAUGCAUUUCUUCCCAAGAAAUUACUUUGGAUGUUGGCGAGGAUCGCAUUUUAUUGGAGUCAAUGAAGCAUGGCUAUAUGUUUGAUAAAUUUGUUAACUAUCGUUUGAAUCAAGAGCGUGUGCGCGCUAUAUUCGAUAAAACCAAUAAGAUGCUGCAAGUGCGUAUUCCUGUCUAUCCGGUACAAUAGAAAAUAAAAACUCUUUUGUUAUAUAUUUUUGAUGAGUACAACUCGAUUGUAAUUCUUAUUCAAUAAAUAAAUUUGGUGGGAAAGUA